AUGUUUUAUUUAUAUAUAUGAAGCAUAGAGAUCCCUAUACUUCGUAUUUCUCUAGCUGUCGUGAUUACUAAUAUCUGCUAUCCUGGUAUGCGCUAGGACGGAUUGGGACAGCUAACUUAAGAAUGACAGCCUCAGGCGUCCAACAAUGAGGCAAAGGCCGCUGUGGCUGGUGCCCGGUCCGACCGCGAAGCUGUUCGUCAUUACUAGCUGCUUCUGCUCUUAUACACCCGCUGUUACUCUCCCUUCCUACGAUUCUUCCCGUUGAUGGUUCUUGGUACCCGUAUUACCACACGUUGAACACUCUCCGCAGAAGGCAGCCUACUCUGAAUAUAAGUGGGCGUGUCUCAACUUUCACAUUCUCCUCUCCUCCCAACAUGGCCCUCGACAACUACUACCGCAACAAAAUCGAGAGCCUGAAGCUCGAGAUCAUCCAGGGACAGGGGGUCCUAAGACGGCUGGAGGCUCAGCGUAAUGAUUACAACUCGAGAGUGCGUCUAUUACGAGAGGAGCUUGGCCUGCUCCAGCAGCCUGGCUCCUACGUCGGUGAGGUGGUGAAGGUGAUGAGUACCAAGAAGGUUCUGGUCAAAGUGCACCCAGAAGGGAAAUAUGUUGUGGAUAUUGCGGACGGCGUCGAUAUCAACAAGCUCACAGUCGGAAAACGCGUGGCCUUGCUAUCGGACACUUACAAACUGGAAAGCAUGCUCCCUUCUUCCGUCGAUCCUCUUGUCUCUCUCAUGAUGGUCGAGAAGGUCCCGGACAGCACUUACGACAUGAUUGGCGGUCUAGACCAACAGAUCAAAGAAAUCAAGGAGGUCAUCGAGCUGGGACUGAACCACCCGGAGCUGUUCGAAGCCCUUGGUAUUGCGCAGCCAAAGGGUGUGCUUUUGUACGGACCGCCAGGGACGGGCAAGACGCUUCUGGCACGGGCAGUGGCCCAUCACACGGACUGUCGGUUCAUCCGAGUUAGCGGGUCGGAGCUGGUGCAGAAGUACAUCGGUGAAGGUAGCCGAAUGGUGCGCGAGCUAUUCGUCAUGGCUCGAGAGCAUGCUCCCAGCAUCAUAUUCAUGGACGAGAUCGACAGUAUUGGGUCAAGUCGAAUAGAUCAAGCCGGCUCGGGCGACUCGGAGGUGCAGCGGACCAUGCUCGAACUGCUUAACCAACUCGACGGGUUUGAGCCCACGAAAAAUAUCAAGAUCAUAAUGGCUACGAACCGACUGGAUAUCCUCGACCCUGCGUUAUUGCGACCUGGGCGGAUUGACCGGAAGAUUGAGUUCCCACCACCGUCAGUAGAGGCUCGUGCGGACAUUCUACGGAUCCACUCGCGGUCGAUGAACCUGACGCGCGGGAUCAACCUGACGAAGAUCGCAGAGAAGAUGAACGGAUGCUCGGGGGCGGAGCUCAAGGGAGUAUGCACCGAAGCAGGCAUGUAUGCGCUCCGAGAGCGACGGGUUCACGUGACGCAAGAGGAUUUCGACCUGGCGACGGCCAAGAUCCUCAACAAGCACGACGAUAAGGAGACAGCGUUGGGGAAGCUUUGGAAGUAAGCUGGUGAGUGAGAGCAGGUUUUCUGGGGAAGGGGUGUACGUACUACGCAGUAGUAGUGUAUUGCUCAGGCAGCUAGUUUUUGAGGUAGCCAAGAGAAGAUGGUUCAUACAUAGGAUCCAUCUGCCUAGCUAGUGCUGAAGAUUAAUAAUGCCAUACUCCGCAAAUCUCGGUGUUCUGCAGUCCAGUACAUUUGCGAAAUGGGGUUUAGGGAGACCAGGGGGAGCAUUGGCGCCAAGGGGACACGAGGCAGAAGAAAUGGGAGAAUGCAGAUACGAAGAGGAUGCGCAGCGAGCCAUACGAGACGCGACAAGUCACCGUUGAUC